AUGGCCAGCUCAGCUUCCCUGGAGACCAUGGUGCCCCCGGCCUGCCCGCGCGCUGGAGCGUCACCAGCCACUUCUAAAACACUAGCCUUCUCCAUCGAGCGCAUCAUGGCUAAGACGUCCGAGCCCCGAGCGCCUUUUGAGCCUCGGCCUGCUGCACUAGAGGCAGACAGCAGCCAGAGCAAGAAACUGCUCAACCUCUGCUCGCCGCUGCCGUGUAUGAUACCCCUCCAGCCUCUAGGCUACGAGGUGCCGUCCAAGACGCUGCUCAGUUACUCGGAGUUCUGGAAAAGCAGCCUCCGGGCGGGCAGCGGUGGAGGAGGAGGCAGCGGCGGGGGGGCCCCAGUGUGCGGCGCCAGCGGCUUGUGCAAAACCAACUGUGGCGUGUGCUGCAAGGCCGAACUGGGCCUUGCGCCGUCUGCGCUGCCGGCCGGCAGGGUCAUCAAGCCGCAGGUCAUCAACCAGGCUGUGGGGUUACCGGCCAGUGGCUCGCUCUACUACUUCAACUACCUGGACUCCACUGCUUACCCACCCUCGGAGCUCCUCGGCAGCCACCUUUUCCCAUCCGGUCUCCUCAACGCACAGGCCCCCACUUCCCUGGCUGCUCAUCCCAAGCUUUUUCUGCUGGAGAACGCCAAACUGGCCAGCCUGACUGCGGACAAGUUCCCCCAUCCAGCUCCCUAUCCCCAUAAGGAACGCUUGCCUGCGCCGCUGGAGCAGGUGCUGAAGGAGAACUCGGCCUUGACCGCUGAUCGAGGGGGAGUCAAGAGCCACAGCAAACUACCGGGGGGCUCGGCUGACAGCAAACCCAAAAACUUCACCUGUGAAGUGUGCGGCAAGGUGUUUAAUGCUCACUAUAACCUCACCCGCCACAUGCCUGUCCACACCGGAGCUAGACCGUUUGUGUGUAAAGUCUGUGGCAAAGGCUUCCGCCAGGCCAGCACUCUCUGCAGGCACAAAAUUAUCCACACCCAGGAAAAACCACAUAAGUGUAACCAAUGCGGCAAAGCCUUCAAUCGCAGCUCCACGCUCAACACGCACAUCCGCAUCCACGCGGGCUACAAACCCUUCGUCUGCGAAUUUUGUGGCAAAGGCUUUCACCAAAAAGGGAACUACAAGAACCACAAGCUCACCCACAGCGGCGAGAAGCAGUACAAAUGCACCAUCUGCAACAAGGCCUUCCACCAGGUCUACAACCUGACCUUCCACAUGCACACCCACAACGACAAGAAGCCUUUCACGUGCUCCACUUGCGGCAAAGGCUUUUGCAGAAACUUUGACUUAAAGAAACACGUGCGCAAACUCCAUGACAGCGUGGGUCCUGCCACUGCCCCCUCUGCAAAGGACCUGGCCAGGACAGUUCAGAGCUGA